AUGACGGAUUACCCUGAGAAAAAGUCUGAGGCAGAAUGGCGUGCAGUCCUAUCGCCAGAGCAAUUUCGGGUCCUCCGUGAGAAAGGAACGGAGGCUCGCUUUACCGGGAAAUACGAUAAACACAAGCCCGACUCCGGCAUAUACCAGUGCGCCGGGUGUUCUGUGCCGCUCUAUAAAGCAUCUCAUAAAUUCUCUUCUGGCUGCGGCUGGCCAGCAUACUUCGAUUCGAUUCCCGGCGCUGUUAAACGUGUGGAAGAUCGAUCAUCUCUCAUCGUUCGAACUGAAAUCGUCUGCGGGAACUGCGGGGGCCAUCUCGGCCAUGUCUUCAAGGGCGAGGGGUAUGAUGUGCCGACUGACGAGAGACACUGUGUUAACAGCGUUAGUCUGAGGUUUAGCGACGACAAGGAAGCGGCAAAUGGCUCCAAGGAGAACAUCUAG